AUGCCUUUCUAUAACCCCUUCGCUAGGCGUGACUCGCAUGGUCAGUAUCCGCUUACAGCAUACCGGAUCCUGGUGCCUCUCUCCUGGGCUCUGGUGGUUGUCAUCGGUAUCUACUAUUCUGUCCACAAGCCGCACGAUGUCUCUCACGGUCAUAAUAUCUGGUCGCAGCUGGAGCGACGUUUCACUGCAUUCAGUGUGAAUGCAACUGUCGUCGAGAUUUACUGGAUCAUCCUUCUCCUUUCUCAAAUAUUCUACGUGUUCCAGCUCUUCAACCAGGACGAUGCGGUUGUGGCUUUGGCAGCAAACGCAGCAUCACACUUUAUCCUCAACAAUCUCUUCAUUGUCGCCUGGCUUCUCCUCUGGACCAGAAGCCACUUCUGGCCGGCAGAGAUCUUUGUGGUCGCCUCAUUCAUCAACCAGCAUCUCCUGUUUUGGCGCGUCCGUUCUCUGCCUCCGGUCUCGCAUGUGGCUGUUGUCGCCGGCCCGUACGCGUGGUCCUUGAUCGCGCUCUUCUGGGGAGGAGCCGCAGCCGUCUCGGCUCAUAAUGCGGCUACUCACAUCUCAGCGAACAUCUUCCUCUGGAUUAUCUUCUUGAUCGGCUCUAUCCACAUCUUCUUGGCGACUGACGAUCUCCUGGGAUACAGUCUUAGUCUGCUGACAUUCGGUCUGGCCGUGGCCCAAACCAGCCACAAGAGUGACCUUCAUCUCCAGUGGAUCUUCGCGUGGGUUAUCUUUGGAGUCUUCCUGCUCGACUCUCUGUACAUCACCUCCGCCAAGUACUCCGGUCGUGAUGUGUUCUUACGGGCUCCCAGAGAGGCGGACUCGGGCGAUGCUGAACGUGCGCCCUUGCUUAAUGACUCCGCGGGGCCUGCUUCUUGA